CCGGCCGGUCGAACGGCGGCGGCGGCGGCGGCCGUGACGGUUGUACCAUAACAAUGCCGCGGUUAGGAGGGAAAUGAGCGAACGACGACGACUACAACUACAUACACAAUUUACAACAACAACAACAAUAACAACAAGGAUGAUGAUGAUGACGGCCGGAUGACGUUAUCACCCACUCGUCUAACGCCGUCGCCCGCCGCCGCCGCGUUAUCAUCGUAGCGUUUUGACCGCCAUUCGACUACGACGACGAACGGCUAAACUAAUAUUCUACUCCGCAGUACGAUAUUCUCUCGCCCGGACGACAGCGCGCCAACCGCCACUCGCCAGUCGGCGUCCGACACCACUCAUACUGUUUUUGGUAUCCUGUAUCCUGUGUGCACGAGCAGCAGCAGCGGCAGCUGCAAUGACGUCCUUCGACCGCAGUCGUUGAAUUGGUGGACCGACGUUUUCUGUGUGUUUUGUCUACGCCCUCGAACGGGGACGACGUCGCUGACGCAAUAUCCGUCCGCGUACCGACGGCCCAAACCGCUCUGACCGAACUGCGAACGCCAUGGCCGACGAACAGGUUGUCGCUAAAUCUGAAGAAUCUCAAUCAAUAAAUGAUAAUAUUGAUAAAAUAGAAGAUAAUGAACCACCUGUUGAUGAUUUAAUUAAGGACAAAGAUUAUGAACAAGUAGAUGAAGCUGAUGAUGAAACAACAAUGGAAGAAGAAGAAGCACUUCCAGAAUUGGAGGAUCCUUUAAGAGAAAUAAGAUUUUUAGAAGAAGAAAGUAACAUGCCUAUUCAUGAACUUAUGGUUAUGUAUGGAUAUUCAAAAAAUACUACUCCGGAUACAAGUACAAAAAAGAAAAAGAAGAAGAAGAAGAAGAGUUCGUCAAAGAAAAGUAAAGAUAAAAAAAGAAAGAAAAAGCUUUCGACUUCAUCUGAUGGCGUUGCAGAGAAAAGAUCGAAAUCAACUGAUCAGCGAACAUUUGUAGAAGGUGAUUCAUCAAAUAAAAUGUCUGAAGAAACAUCAAAAGAAAAUGAAAGUGUUAAGGAAGGCGAAGAUUGUAGUAAUGCAUCUCAGUUAUUAAACUUAUAUAUGGCUGAACUUGACCAAGUACAAAGUGAAGAUGAAGAUGAAGAUUAUAGACCCUAUUGGGAACUUCAUUGGAAGAGUGUUAAUGUUGGGUUGAAUUUUCAAGCUCUAGUAACAGAAGAGUUAUCCACUUAUGGUGAUGUAUUACCUUAUGAAAAUAAUGAUGAACUGUUAUGGGAUCCAAAUGUAUUGGGUGAAGAUUUAAUUGAAGAUUAUUUAACGAAAAUUCAGCAAAUAACAAAAGCAUUAAAGCCUAAGUCUAAAGUUGUUGGUGUUCGUGAUAAUGAAAAGGCACUUUACUUGUUAGUUCAGUGUGGUCAUGAUGUGGCUGAAGCUCUCAGAAGAAUGUCAUUAAAUGUAAUACCAUUGGAGAAAUCAUUAAGUGUCUGGUCAGAAGAUGAAACAUUAAAGUUUGAGAUGGGAUUACUGAUCAGUGGAAAGAAUUUUCAUGCCAUACAAAAAGAGGUUAAAACUAGAUCAGUAGCAGAGUUGGUUCAUUUUUACUAUUUUUGGAAAAAGAGUGAUAGACAUGAUCAAUUUGAAAGAAAACAAGUUUCAAUGCGUCCAGAAAUAAAGCAGUGGCAACAUUGGGAUUCCGAAGAAGAUCAAGAUAGUGAUUUUGAGACAAGUAUGUUUGCAGAGAAUAGCCACGACGAUAGUGAAGAUAGCUUAAACGCUGCUGAAAAUAAAGCACAAAUGAAGUGUUUAAUAUAUGCUGAUCGCAAAAGACAAGUACGAAAAAAAGCUACAAAUAAUGCUUGUAGUAAUACUAAUACUAGUACUAACACCAACUAACAUUUAGUGCACCCCUUCAGGUACACUUAUAAGCCAUGAAAUAUUAUAUUAUAGCGACUAUUUUGCUUCCCUUUUCCAGAUUGAGAAUUAAUAAAUCAUCAAAAAUUGUGUUAUAUGGUCAAAUUUAAUACAAUAUAAUAACUCUUCACGGUAACAUAGUGCCUGACACCCGGAAAACAUUUGAGAUAUCCACAGAUAAUGCAUAAAUACCCGUUCGAGUUACAUUUGGAAAUAGAUACUUCAAUAAUAGUUAUCCUCAAAUAUCAGACUAACUUAAGUUUUCACCACAAUAUUUUAAUUCCAACCAUGGUGACUCAGGUUUGCAUAAAAUACAAAGUUGAUCUUAGAGCAUUAUAUAACUAACAUACAUAUAGUAUCUUAAAUAUUAAAUUAAUAUUUAAAGUAAGUUAGAAAUUUAGUUAAAAAAAUAAUUUAAGAUAAGAAGUUAAAAUAGUUAAGUAGUAUUUAACCCAUAUGCUGACCUAAAUUAAAAAACUUAAAAUAAGCUAUGCAUUCAUAUAUAUUUAUAAAGUUUCGGACAAAGAGAAGACUGAAUUUAAAUAGCAUAUUUCUAAAAUGUUAUUGAAGUUUUAAAAAAAUUCUGAACAGUUAAACAUUAAAUAAUUAAAAUUUCUUACUACAGUUUUUUGUCUAAGCUAUUAUAUUAUAUAAUACAUAAUAAGUUGAUUAUUAUUUGAGUUCCUUGAAAGUCUAUUACAAAAAUAAAUUAAAUAUAUUUGUUUUAAUUAUAAUUAAAUCAAAUUUUUAUACUUAAAUAAUAAAUAUGUUCUCAACCUUUUUUUCACUAACUUAAAUCCAGUUAUAUAGCCAUGCGUUUAACACAAUUAAUAGGUUUACAAAAAAAUACUAAAUCUAGAAGUAUAAAUUAUUGUCUACACUUUAAUAUUGAUAUAAAUAAAAGUGUAUUUUAUUACACGAAUGAUAUUGAAAUCAAUAAUAAACUGAUUAAAACGUUUUUGGUGGUAUACAUCACAGCACUACACAAUAUACUGGUUGAGAACUAACAUACUUAGUCUAUACAUACAAAGCAGAUUAAGUAUGUUUUAAAUUAUUUACUUUAUUUUUUUAAAUUUAUUUAUUGAAAAAACUUGUUUAGGAGAAUUACUAACACUCAUUAAUUAUUAUUUAUUUUUAAUUUAAAGAUCUGAUCUUUAAUUUAAAUAUAUUAUUCAUUUCUAUACCUAUAAAGUCCCUACUAGAAAAGUAUGAGCAUAUACUCAUUGAGAUUUAAAAAUAGUUUUACAUAAAUAUUUUUGCUAUAAUAUAAUAAUAAAUUAAAUUUAACAAAUAUAUAAUAUUCCUAUUUGAUUUAAUUCUUAUUGUUAAUAUUAUUGGUUUUGACAUUCCUUUUUUUAUAACUUAAUUGAUACUAUGUACUUAUUAUUUAGUAUAUAGUGAAAUGUAUUUAUUUUAUGUGCGAAAUAUUACUGAAAAUGUAAUAUUUAUAAGUACAUAGUAUUUCUAUUAAGAAUCAUUUUUACCAAUUAAAAUGAAUAGUUAACAAUAGCAAAUUUAGUUGUAUAUGAGUCAUUGCAUAUAAAUUAAAAUUUUCCUAUCUUAAAUUUAUAUGCUUAGCUCUAAAUGUGAUCUGAAUAAAAAUAUUUUGAAAAUAUUAGUCUUUAACAACUCUCCAUUUAACCUCCUCUAUAAAUCAUACAUUCGUUAAAAAAAAAUUAUUCAACAUUUCAAUAAAAUUAAUAUAAUUUAACUGUAUUUUGAGUGUAAAUCUUAGUCAUUAAAUAAAAAUAUAUCUAUAAAACAUUUUGUGUAACAAUUAUAAUGCUUAUUAUACAUAUAUAUUUGUUUAUGCCAUAACUAAAAUAAACUUCAAGUCUUUUUUAAAAUACUAAGCCUAAAGUUGAACAUUUAUGUUACUCAAAUGGUUUAUAACUUAGCAAUUCCUAAUUAUUUUAGGAACUAUUGAGUAUAUAUUAAGUAAUUUAAUAUAUAUGUAAUUAUUUGUUGCUUUUUUAAAUCUCCAUUAAAAUUUAGAUCAUAAAUUAAAUAGCUUAAAGAAAUGGGUCUAAAUUAUUUGGAUACAAAGACCAUGAAAUACACAUUUUUAAAAACAUAUUUUAAAAUAAUAGUUUUAAGUUCUAUUUCUUUCUGUAAUUACCUUAAUUUUAUAUAUUCUUAAGUAUGAGUUGCAUUCUCAAUUUUUGAAAGAAAUAUAAAAUUUAGUUAUACUGAAAUUAUAUUUAUCAUACCAAAAUAAUGAUAAUAAUAAUAAUAAUAUUCUUAGCAUUAUAGUAUUUAAAAUUCCAGAAUUUACUUGUCAUUUAAUUGUUUUGAAGGCAAAAUAAUCAUAUUACAAUUAAAACUAAAUUAUUGGUGUUAUGUUACAAACUACUUAAUCUGUGUAUUAGUUCUAUCAUUUUUACAACUAUUUAUUAUGUAUAAACAUCUAUAUUAAAUAUUAUAUAGCUACAGUUGUAAUCAAUAUUACUAUUUAUACAGAUAUAAGUGGAAAAUAUAAUUUAGUCUUAAGUUUCUAGAAAUUAUACUAAAUGUGGUUUAUAUAUGUUAUAUAUAUAUAUAUAUAUUAUUAUUUUUAAUAUUUUUUAAUCAUAAAUAAUUGUAUUCAAACAGACUUGAUGAAUAUUUUUUUUUACCAUUUUAAAUAUAUAAUAUGUAUUUAUAGGUACGUCUCACAAAUUAAGAAUAAAUUAAUGAUAUAUUAAACUACAUAAUUUAUAUGAAUCUGUAAAAUUUCAUAAUUCACCAAUAAAGCUAGUUUUUCAAGAAUAAAUAUAUCAAUACACAAUAAUAUGCCACUUUAUGUUUAUAUUCUAUUCUCUUUUGGCUUGACUGCAAUCAAUAUCUAAAAUCUCAAAUAAAUCAAAGUUGAAUAAUUAAUCUUAAUUUGUGAUGAUAAUUUUAUUUUUGUCCUGUAUGGCGUAUAAAUUUCAAAAUAAUUAGUAUUUUAAAUAAUAUAUAAAAUACAUGUAAAUAAUAAUAUAUUUGUAAGUUUUAAAAUCAAUUAUUUUAGGUGAUUAUAAUAAGUGUUAUACUAAUUUAAGUUUUAUAAUACUGUUUAUUAUGUAUUAUUUUAUUCACUGACAAUCUUGGUUGAGUAAUAAAAGUCAGGCCAAAUAUAUAGUUUAGUUUUUAAAACAUCGAUAGUAAAAAAACAUUAUAUUAUGAAUUGAUAAUAUUAAUGUUUUUAAGUGGUAGCUUAAUUGAGGAGUUGUACCAACCAAUAUCAUUUAUGGAUAUAAUAUUAUGUACACAUGAAUUUCAAUUGAGCGGCCUUUACUGAUGUAAUUAUAUUAGAUUUAUACUGUAUUUAUAAUCAAAAGUGUUGUUGUUUAAGUUAAAUUUUAUGCAUAUGUUUCACGAAAUAAUUUUAUUCCCAUCAUAUUAUUUUUUAAAUUAAUUAUAUAUGAAAAACUACCUAUCUAGUUAUAUUAAACAAACACUAAAUGCUUAGUACCUGCUAUAUGUUCCUUUUUUUCUACUCAUCAGUAAUUGUUAAUGUUUCACUGUACAUACAUUGAUUAAUUUGUUGAAUUUUUAUCAUUGUUUUAUGUUAUACUUAACAAAAUAAGCAUUGUAAAAAUAUUAAAAAUUCAAUCAUAUCGUGUAUGUACAAGUUUAUACUGUACUAAAGAUGGAUAAUCUUUAGUAUAAUAAUCAGACACAAUUUAAAAUGCUAGGUUUAUAAAAAUUUUAAUCAUAUUUAAUAUAAAAUUAAAUACAUUUUUCUUUUUUCAUACUAGGAAAAUAUAUAAUAUCAAUCAUCCCAGAUGUUUAUGAUAUACCUACCUCAUCAGUUUAUUAUUAUUAUUAUUUUUUUUUAAUGUUACAUCUGAUAAUAUGUUUAAAAACAGUUAAGUUGAAAUCAAAUUAUUUAUUGAAUAUUUAUUUUCCUAAACUUGUCUUGCCGUCCUUAUAACUGGAUGAUUGAUAUUUUACAGUGUGUAUGUUUAUUUUUAUUGCAGAGUAAUAUUGUAUUUACUAAGCUCUGCCCCUAAAGCUAUUAAAAUAAUUAUUCAAUAUCUAUUAUAUAUAUAUAUAUAUUAUACAGAUAUGUCAUAUGUUUAAUAUUUAUUUUUGUCUAUUUUAUUUAGAAAUUACAUGUAUAAAUAUUUAUAAUAUUAUGAUUAUAUUUUAACGCCAUAGACAAACCAAUAAAUAAUUGAAUUAUAUAAUAAUAUUAAUAAUUUAUCUAUUUAAUUGUUUUCAGUUACAAUUAUAUAUCACUUAAGAAAAAAAAACAGAUUUUAUGUAUUGGAAUAUAUUUAAAUAUAUGUAUGUUUGUAAACUCUUAAUUUAAUAUAUUACCAUAUAAAUGUCAUAUGUAAUUGAAUUUCAGAUAUAGAAUUAUAUUAUAAUUACCAACACUAUUAAUUAUUUCUUUAUAUGAUUUAUGUAUAAUCUAUGAAUAAGUUGAAAAAAUCCAUUCUAUUGCUUAUCUGAAAAUGUUAUUUUAUUAUUAGAUGUUACGUUGUACCAUCAUUGUUAGUAUUAUACUAACCUUAUUGUAUUUUAAUAAUUGUAAAAAGUACCAUCUUCUUUCCUUGAAUAUCCAUGAUUAGUUUGUGAAAUAUGACUUCCAACUAAUCCCAGUUUAAUACUAUUGAUGUCUUUUCGUUCACCAAUAAGUCCUCCCAUUUUUAAUGGGUGAUUUCUAAAAAGCUUUUCCACUUUAUGAUCUGAUUGAAUACUAUUCAACUGUUUCCUUUUACCAAAAAAUGUUUAUAUCAGUUAUAUAAUUAUAUAUAUAAUAUAUAUAAUUAUCAAGCAUUUUAUAAACUUUCAAUUUUAAUAAAACCAUUAACUUACA